AAUUUGAAAAUACUUACUAAAUUACUAUGCCAAAUUGCUGACCCUAGCUAAUUUCAGUUACUUGAGCAUUGUAAUUAGUUGGAUUUUUAUUGCUAUUGAAUCAGCAAUCUCUAAUUACUGUUCAGUAUUUUCAUAAUUUCUGUUCAAAGUUCAUAUUAUCGUUUCCGCAAUAUAGCUUUAUCAAUAAAAUGGAAUGCGACUCACUGUAGUGUAGUGCAAAAAAAUGAAAAUGGCGUUGUUUAAGUUGUUUAGGAAUUAGUGCACGUUAUUGUUAAAUACGAGAAUUUAACUGUCGUUAAGGUGAAAUAAUUUUCGUUGUUUGUUAAAAUUGUUCACCACUAUGACACGAAGAAGUGAACGCACAAAAGAGAAAGAAAAACAGAAGGAUAGUGAGAAAGAAAAAGGUGCAGAACGGAAACACGAUAAGUCUAAACACUCGCGAAAGCAUUCAAGACGGAGGCGGAAAUCGUCUUCUUCCUCCCCGGACCGAGAUGGGUCGGGGGCAGAGGAGCGCAGUGUGAAGACUCUUGAAGGGAAUGACUCUGACAAAGAUGUUGGUAGCAGUGGCCCAGGGAAAAAAGAAGUGAAGCCUGGCAUGGCAGCAGGAGUUUCUAAAGCAAGCUCUGCAGAAGAUGCAAGCCGCAAGUUAUGCAAGAAACCCAGUGAUGACAACAAAGCGGAAGAAGUUGAUGGUGAUAAAAAUGUCAGUGAAGAUGAGUGGAAAGAAGACAAGUCAUUUUGGGAAGAAGAUGGUGAAGGAAAAAAUGUGGAUCCUGCCUCUGCAGACAAGCACAAGGACAGCAAGACGCCCGUGUGGCAGGUGAAAAGUUCAGAGGGCGGGGAACCCAACAAGCUUAAGCUGUGUAUUGUCCGUCCCGCCGAACUGCCCGAGCAGUUGAGUCCUCGCAGGAAGAAACGUGUCAGCAGACAUUCCAGCAGCAGUCAGAAUUCAAAUAAAGAUAAAAUGGAUGAAGUAGAUGAUUCUGAAAAGGAUGUAGAAAGUUCUGUACAAAAGAAUAAAUUGGAGACAAUAGAAGAUAACGAAUCAGUACAUGAGUCAAUAGAAGAUGCUGGGCCAUCUGUAGAUUCUUUAGGUGGAGUUCCAGAGCCUGCAAGUGCAGUAUUAACUCCAGAAGAUAAAUUGAUAGUCAUACCUGAAACUAAAGUUGAACAUGAUAAAAAAGAAGAGGUAGAAGAAGAUGGCAGUACUGAAAAGGCAAAGUUAUCAGAAGUGGAAGUGACAUGUGAUGAUUUAACCAAUUCAAAUCAGCAAAUUGUAAACAUUGAAUUGUGUGAGAUAAGUUUACCCCCUGACCGCGAAACAAUGGAUGCGGAAAGUUUAACAGCAUUAGAAAAUGGACCUGCCGGUAGUUCAAACAAAAUUGAUUCACCGAAACACAACAGUAUACUUAGUGAAAUUAUUGAAGAUGUUCCAAAAGUUUCAGAGCUAAUUGAUUCAAGAGAACCUUGCUCCAAAGAGUCCGAAAGCCCAAAAGAACAAGAAUCAUUAGCUGAGGAGCAUGUGGAUGUAACUAUAUCUGAAGAAAAGCUUAAGAUUGUAGAUAAAGAAAAAGAGAAGAUAUCAGCUUUGUCGGAUGAUUCCUCAGAUGAUACACUUAAAGUCAGAGAAUCCCCAGUAGCCAGGGUUACAAGAAAAGACUCUAGUGAUUCAUCAGAUAGCUGUGAUAAAGUGUCAAAAGAAAACACAGAAGAGAUGCACAAAAAAUUAUUAAAGAGGCAUGCUCAGAAAAGAUCUUCGGAAGACAGAGAAUCUUCAGAAGAAAAAUCACAGAUCGAAAGCAAAGACAAAGUAAUUGAUGAAGAAAAGAUAAGUGAAAAAGAAAGCAAAGAAGAAAUAAAAAAUAUUAGUAGUCCAGAAGAGAAGUGUUCAAUGAGUUUGAACAGUCCAGAUAGUGAAGAUUUAGUGAAAAGAGAAUUGAGGAUCCGGAAAUCAUUAGAAGAAAGGGCGAAAGUGCGGAAGUUAAGUAGCAGUAGUGAAAACAGAGUAAAGGUAGAUCGUAGUAGUAGAGAGUCAUCGGAGAGUCGAAGUGAAUCUGAAGAAAGAUCUGAAGUUAGUAAACUUGAUGAGAAAAACAGUGCAUCCGGUGUAAAGAAUCGAAGGCUGAGCCGUGAGCCCAUUGCUAGUAGGAGGUUGGACCGCAAAGAUUCCACUGGUAAUGCACAUGCUAAGAUGGAGGACAAGGAGAGAAGUGCAAGUCCGAAAGAAGAGAGAGUUAAGAGUCCUGGACGAAAAAUACGCAGGAUUGCACUUAGGAGGUCACAUUCGACUAAAGAGGAUGCCAGCGCUGAUGCUGAUGUUGAUGCUUCCAAAAAUGAAGAGAAUAAAGAGAAUGCAGUCUCAUCAAUUAUAGAAGAAGGAGAAAUUGUCUCUGAGCCACCGAUGCAAGUUAAGAAAAGGCGCUGGGGGACAACCAGAACAUCUCGCACCUUAAAGAAAACGUUUUCCAUUUCAAAUGAUUUUUUGAAGAACAUCAUUCCGGAUGCUAAGCCUGUCCCAGUGUCUGAGGUCCAGCUUACUCUGGACGACGACAGGAAACACAGGGAGCACAGGGAGCACAGGGAGCACAGGGAGAAGAGCGACCACUCCAAACGUAGAGUGGUGGAGGUGGAGAAGAAAGAGGGGCUUGUGGACAAACCGGUUGUCCCUCCUCCCACCGUGAGGGAGCCACAGAUGAUCAAUGUUUCCAUAGCAAAUGACCAUAGAGGUUCCCAUUUUCUUUCAGUCACUCGCAAAAUAUCACUUGUGUCUGAUGAUGCUCGUGCUUUGCAACGUUCUCCGAGCCCACCCAGACACAAGACGUCCAACAUUCUUUUCAUUACCAACCUCGUGCGUCCAUUCACCGUGAAUCAGUUAAAAGAACUGUUGGCAAGAACAGGAACUAUAGUGGAAGGUGGAUUCUGGAUUGACGGCAUCAAAUCCAAAUGCUAUGUGCAAUACUCGAGCGAGACGGAAGCGAGGGAGACGAGGCACGCGCUGCACGGUGUGCGGUGGCCGGUGUCCAACCCCAAGCAGCUGUGCGUGGACUUCGGGAAGAAGGAGGACAUGGAGAUGGCCAUGGUGUUGUCCGAGACGGAGUCGGUCCCCCGCAAGACGGCCCCCCUCAACGUGGAGGAGUGGGUGGUGGACCAGGCCCGGGCCAAGGUGCUGGAGCGCGAAGAGCGCGAGCACGAGCGGGAGAGGAGCAAGGUCAAGGAGAGGGUGCCGCCCAGUCACCCGGUUCACCCGGUUCACCCGGUUCACCCAGUUCACCCAGUUCACCCGGUUCACCCCGUGCCGCCGCCCGAGCCCGCCGAACACAUUAGGAAGUUUCCACCUGUGGUGCGAGAGUGGGAUAUUGGUAAGUUGGAACAUCCCUCUCCAAGCGAGCGAGAGUUGAGGUACGAAGAGCAGCAGCGUAACAGAGAGCGGGAAAAGAGAAUGAAAGAGAAGCGAGCCCACCGCAGUAGAUCUCCAUCCCAUGAACCACCAGUUCGUAAAGCAAAGAAAAAAGAGGAAGAUGCUCCAGCAAAACUUUUGGAUGAUUUGUUUAAAAAAACGAAGACCACGCCAUGUAUUUAUUGGCUGCCGUUAACUGCGGAGCAAAUAGUGGUGAAGGAGGAGAUGCGUCGGAGGCACAUGGCGGAACACGAGCGCCGCAUGGCGGAGAUGAAGAAGGCGGACCAGGAGCGAGAGCGCCGCCUGGCGGAGAUGAAGAAGGCAGAGCAGGAGCGGGAGCGUGCGCGGGCUGUGCAGCGGCUGCAGCGUAGAGUCGGGGGGGAUGCUGCGGACAAGCCGCGAGACAAGGAGAAGGACAAGGACAAGGACAAGGACAAGGAGAAAGGAAAGUCUCGCCGGCGGAGGUCCACCAGCGCGGCACCCAAGAAGUAGAUCGAGCUCAUCUGCGGUGUCAGCAUUGAGUUCAGGAGCUUGUAAUGUCAAACAAGUGGAAAUGAAUCCGAUGCAUUGAGCUCAAUGCCACCUAAAACCAUCAGCGAUCCGGUUGCAACGCACUCAGCAUCUCGUAAAGAAAUGGUCGGUUGCCUUUUAAAUUACACUUUUUUUCUUUUUUUACUUAAAUCCAUUCACAAUUUAUAGUUAAGACAGUUUAAAUAGUCAAGUAAAGUUAAUGGAUGAUUUUUUAGUUUCUUUUGAGUUUCAAGGUAGUUUAAAUAUUUAUAAACCAUUUUGUAUUGAUUAUAGUUUUUUGUGUUUGGUUUUCAUUUUCCAAAAUUUUUGAUCUGGUUAAUUUUAACUAAGGUUUAAUAAUUUGGAGUUAAAUUAAUAAAUUAUUUAAUAAUCAGUGUACUUUUUGUCUAAUGUAAUUAGUGAGACAUUAAUUUAGAUCCAAAAUUUCAAUUUCAGAAUUUCCAAAAUAUUAAUUUGUAUGGCUAGUGUUUGUGACUACCUUUCUUCCAUUCCUUUCCUGCAAGUCCUUGUUCCCCAUCCAACUCUUUGCAGGUGUUUCAGCAUUUUCUUUCCAGGUACUCAUCUGAACAAAAAAAUAUCAGUGUUGUGAAUAGCUGCUGAUUCAAUUUUUAUCUCCAGGCCAAGGCAGCAGCCCAUGCACAGGGCUUGGGGGGAUGAAGUGGGUUCCUGGAACCCAAUGCGGGCAAAUAUUCAAUCACGAAACGUUGGUUGGCAAGCUGGCAAGAAAAAUUUUCAUCGGUGUCUCCGUCGGUCAAACACAGUAGCAACGCAGUGAACUGUACGUUCAUUAUCUCAGAAAUACAGGCGGUGCACAGCAUAAUAUGGUUUUGAACUGUUCGGUGCAGCAGUGAAGAAAAUUAAUUUUUGACAGAAAAAUUUUCUAGUUUUGGUUUUUUGAACAGUGAAUAUUUUGGUAACCACGCUUGUAAUCAGAUGGUACUGUUUAUGCUUCAGUUAUGUGAAGAUAACUAUUGAAGAAACUACGUUCGCACACAGAAAUAAACUGUAAAUUGAUAAGUUGAAAUCUUUGUACAAGUUUCCUGGGAGUGAUUAGCGAGUUAACAAGUAUAUUCAAUUAAGAUAAAAAAGUUUGUUGGACUGAAUGUAAUUUAACUAUUGUACUGCAAUAUAUAUUUAAGACAAAACAUGUUAUUUGUUAAUUUUAUAGCUUCAAAAGGAAGAGAAUCUUUUUUUUUUUACCUCACAGUUGUAAAUAUUCCACAGUUUUACAUAGUAUGAAACAUAAAGUGUUGGCUAUUUGUGGUAGAUGUAGAAAAGUUGUAAAUACACAUUUCUUGAGAAUUUGUGUUAAAAAUUAUUGUGGGGUUAAUUUGUGUGUAUCAUUUUAAAUGGUAGCAUUUGUUAGUUGUAUUAGACAUGACAUUUUGUGUUUUUAAAUAAAUCAUGCAAUUUGCAUUUUUAUAAUACAGUGAAUGUACAUGAGAUAUUGGAACAUCUUUGUUCACAUGAAGAUGUACAUAAAAAUAAAUAAUAGUGCUAAAAACUAA